ACUGCAGCAGAAGAUCUCGCUACUUGCGUGCAUACGACAUCCCCAAACGGUGGAAGCGGAAGAUAGCUGAGCUGAGCAAAAUGACAGGGGUGGUGUCCAACUACACAGAACAACGCACUAUGGAAAUGAGCAUGAAGUUGCAGAUGCCCCGUCACAUCUAUGUCCUGGCUCCCCCCAACCGACUGGUGAGUGAGUUGUGGAGGAGGAGUGCGAGGCAGAGACACAGUGGGUGGAACAGUGCCGACAGCCAGCUGCACAAGUCCCUCUCCAUCGCCACCAACGACAUGGACGAGAAAGAACUCAGGGAGAUGGAUAGUCGACAGACAGCGGCUGACCUGCUCUACGCUCAGAGAAGCGACUACUUCAAGCUAUCUACCCCCUUCGCCGACCUCAUCGACUUCGAGAGACAAGUAGCUUUGGAGUCGGUGGAUGAAGUGAACGGCAGCAAUGGCAGCAGGUGGGCGAAGGGUGGGGGGCGACUACGGGAUAUAGUCAUGGCCAGGAUCCACCAGUUGUCAAGGAGAGCCACUCUUAAUCUUCCCCCUCUGGGACGAACCAUAGGGAGAAGCACAGGAGGGGCAGGUGGCCGACUGCAACGUGGCAGACAACUGGCAGAACUCACCCGCUCAGACUCGUUUUCAGUUGAAAACACGUGUAUGCAGCUGUUGGUGAAUGAACUGCAACCUGAAGGCUAUUGGCGGCUGGACGAGAGCUUCGCCGAGGCUCUGGACCUCAGUUUGGAUGACCUCAUACGCUCCUCGCCUAUCGUGGCCCUGCCUAUUCCCAAGGAGUGCAACUGCGCCAAGGACAUCACAAUCAUGGUCGAGGACCUUACAGAAAGUCCCCCCGAGUGCAGACCAGCAGAUCACCGAGGGGGGUACUGUACUGUUAGCGGGAUGAUGAGUCAUCAUCACGACAGUUUGGGUACCCAUAUGGGGUUGGGUGCGGCCGUUGUUGCACUGGGAGCGGCUGCGGGCAAGAGGCGCUUGUCUCUGAAGUUCCGGAAGAACUUAGUCCGGCAGCUUAAGGUAGGGGAGCAGGAUCCGACGGGAACUGGUUUGGGCGACAGCUGCGAGCACCAACACUCGUCAUACGAAUUAGAUGACAUCCAUUACAUUUCAGAAAGCGACAAUAAUAUCGAUGAGGACGGAAUUCCAGACACUAUAGAAGAGGAAGCGGAAGACGAGAAGAGUGAAGGCAAAGGAAGUUCCGACAACAACUUCCUCGCAGUUAGCGACCCCCAUUCAACGCAAAACCGCA